AUGGCGAGGGCUUUUCUUUUAAUGGCGCUCAGCAGGUCCAUGGAUGCCGAUUUGCCGGGUGACGAGUGUGCCUCGGGCCAGGACAAUUGCGGAGUCUCGAUGUUGCAGCGUCGAAGCGCACAGAUGUCUGCAGCCAGCGGAGAGGCUAUUGCUGUUACACUCGAGGAAGCCUUCCUAGAAGUGGUCACCGGGCCACCAAGCUUUGCUUCUUGCAACGGUGUGAGCUACGACAAGUCGCAGCAGAGCUGCUGCGGAGGGACGCUCUACUCUCUGACAUCCGAGGGCUGCUGCGGAAAUCGCAGCGUGUAUUCCUUUGCCCGACAAGGCUGUUGCAACAACGACAAUGUCUUUACGUAUGGGGAGGAGAUCUGCUCCGAAGCUUCGGCUCCUCCCGGUCCCGGGCAUUCGGAGUUUGCGUGUGCCGCUGACUGGCCUCCGGAGACCUACAGCAACUAUUGGCGCCGCUACUGCGCUGCAGGACAUCACAUGGCCUGGGCCAUGACGGAGUCGUGCAAAGUUGGGUGGCUCUCCGUACAACAGAGCAGUAUCGAGCAGGCCGAGGCAAAAGCCCUGGAGUCCUGCAACAAGAAGGCCGCCGCUUUCGACGGCGAGACCUGCAAGAUCUUUGACAGAGAUGGUGGCGAAUGCCGAAGGCAGCGCUGCGGCACGGACAUCUACGAUGCUUCCGUGAAAUCAUGUUGCGGAGGCCGCGUGAUCGACCGAGUCGCGCAGGGCUGCUGCAGCGGCGUGGCCUUCAAGGCCCAAAGCCAAGGCUGCUGCCAGGGCCGGGUAUACUCCAAGGCCUCGUACAGUUGCUGCGGUGGCAAGGUGCUCUAUGAUUCCGGAGCGCAAGGAUGCUGCUUACAAAAUGGCCCUCAGGUCUACAAAUUUGGUGUGCAGAAUUGCUGUCGGCGUCCGAAGGGCGUUUGCCGAAUACGACCUGGCCAGUACAGCUGUUGCCACUGA